AUGGCUACUCGCACAAAACCAAAACAGCCCAAUCGUACCACCAAAACUUCCCAAAAACUGAAACUGUUCCCGGAAGAAGAAGAUCAAACUGUCUAUAUGCCUGAAGACUUGACUGCUGAUGUAUAUACUCAACUGGCCCAGAUUCCUCAUGGUACCGCAAGAGUUGAAGCUGAACGACUAAGUAAGAUGAAUCGGGAUGACCUACCUAGAGUCACUGCUUAUUGUACAGCAUCUGUUUACACACCUUAUUCUUUAUCAUAUCCUCCCGGACCUCCAAAAAAGAAUAAUGGAACUGAUCAUCAACGCAACAACGAAUUGACUGUAUCAUUUCUUCCAGAAAUGUUCUUGUUUGAUUAUGGUGUUGUCGUAUUCUGGGGUAUGACUUUAAUUGAAGAACAGCGUAUAUUGAAGGAAUUAAAACCUUUUGAAGAAGAAACAUUAGAAUCGGAUGAUGUAGAAACGGAAGAAUUCAAUUAUUAUUAUGAUGAAAACUAUCAACCUAGAAUUUAUAAUGAUAUUAUUACUCUUCGUCAUCCAUCCAAUUAUCUUGUCAAACUGACAAUCGCUCAUGCUAUAGCACAAAGUGUCAAAAUGACAUUAUUUGAACGACUGAUUGACGAUACAAUCAAUGACACCAAGUAUAUUCCUCAAGUGAUGGCAGAAAAUGGUAACAUCCAUAUGUCGAGAACGGCCAUCACAAAGAAAAUUGGUCAGCUUUUUAUCAUGCGAAUCAAUGUGAAUUUAGUGUCAAAUAUAUUGGAUACGCCAGAAAUCUUUUGGUCUGAGCCUGCUUUAGAACCAUUAUAUAGUGCCAUCCGUAGUUAUUUAGAAAUAUCACAACGUGUAGAAUUACUGAAUCAACGUGUUGAAGUUAUUAGUGAUUUACUGGAUAUGUUGAAGGAUCAUUUGAACAGUUCUCAUGGUGAACAUUUGGAAUGGAUUGUCAUCUGGUUGAUUGCUAUGGAAAUUGUAGUUGCUGUCAUUACUACUACCGUGGAUGCGUUUAGUUUAUCUCAUGUUAAAUAG